AUGCUCCACGCGCCACUGGGUCGAUCGAUUUCGGGGCCACUAUCGGACCCAGGUAUCGUGAACGUUCCGCGCGAGCACACGACAUGGAUGAGAGAAGCAUCGCGACUGGCAGUACAGCAGGCUGGCUUCUCGCCCCUUUUCCGGGACGAUCUGGAGGCCGCCGUCUCCGAAACAGCUUGCGGCGACACCUUCCAAUUCUGCGAUUCGUCAAAGCCGAACAGCUGCUACUUCGUCCGCACGGAGCGAGUGAGCCUGAAGGAUGGAAUGCACGGGGUGGGGCCAUACGCCUCCUUAAAAUCGAUCAUCGAGUCGGCUGUGACAGCACGUGGCGGGCACCAGGGCGUUGACAGCGGCACUGAACAGCUGAAGCUCUACCUGUUCCCCUGGCGAACAGACCUGGAUGCGUUUCGUGAGUUUCGGGUCUUUGUCUCCAGCGGCCGAGUCACGGCAUUCUCGCAGCAGAAGCUAUAUGCCAUCAAUCCGAUUCUGGCGCCACUGUCCCAAGGGGAUCGCGCUAGAGUUGUAGAGAACUGGCUCCGACGACUUCUGCCUUACAUUACAUCCACCGUGAUCCCGCGCCUGGAAGACCUAAUGCCCAGCUUCGUCCUUGACAUCGUCCUCCUUGGACCACCUGCUUCCUACAGAACUUCCAGCGACCCGGCCUUGAACGUGGAUCUGAAUUCCCCGGAGUUGCUGGAGCCUUAUUUCAUCGAAGUGAACACUUUCGGAUUUGCCUACGCUUCUGGCUCCUCUCUCUUCUCCUGGGUGGAGGAUUACGCGCUGCUGUAUGGGAUCGACUCUGGAAUGGCCGAUGGUGCC